AUGUCUCAAGCAAAUGGCGACACUGCCCCUGUGGGCCAUGAACAGAUCAACACCGAGAUCAUCACUCUCACGAGGUUCCUCAAUGAAGAACAGACAAAGCACAAGGAAGCUACUGGAGAAUUUACACUUCUCUGCCAUGCUCUGCAAUUCUCGUUCAAGUCCAUAGCCUACUACAUCCGACGAGCAACACUUAUCAACCUGACAGGCCUUGCUGGGUCCGCGAAUGCGACAGGCGAUGCGCAGAAAAAGUUGGACGUCAUCUCCAAUGAUCUUUUCAUCUCAGCCAUGAGAUCGUCAGGGAGAUGUCGAAUGCUUGUUUCGGAAGAAGAGGAAGAGCUACUAUUGUUCGAUGAGUAUCCUCAAGCUCGAUAUGCGGUCGUAUGCGACCCAAUCGACGGAUCGAGCAACCUAGACGCCGGUGUCAGCGUGGGUACCAUCUUUGGGGUCUACCGGCUCAAGGAUGACAGUGAGGGUAAAGUGGAAGAGAUUCUCCAGCCAGGGACUGAGCUCGUCGCAAGCGGAUUCACGAUGUACGGAGCUAGUACCCAGCUCGUUAUUACCAUGAAAGGCGGCAGUGUCAAUGCAUUCACCUUGGACAAUGCCCUUGGCGAAUUCAUUCUUACUCAUCCAGAUAUCAAGCUACCAAAAUCUCGUGCGAUAUACAGUGUCAAUGAGGGUAAUAGUCUAUAUUGGGAAGAGCCAGUCAAGGAAUACUUCAACAGUCUGAAGUAUCCACUAGAUACAAGCGGCAAACCCUACAGUGCUCGCUAUAUCGGUAGUAUGGUGGCUGACGCAUACCGAACCCUGCUAUAUGGUGGAAUAUUUGCGUACCCUGCUGACAAGAAGAGCCCAAAAGGAAAGUUGAGGAUUCUGUAUGAGUGUGCUCCGAUGGCAAUGGUUUUCGAAAAUGCCGGAGGUCAAGCUGUGGACAGUAAGAUGCAGCGAAUGAUGGAUGUCAGGCCGGAACACAUCCACGAUCGAUCUGGCAUAUUCUUAGGUUCCUACGACGAAGUGGCCAAGGUGAUUGAGUCUCAUAAUAAAUAG